AUGUUGUCGGUGAAUUCAGCCCGUCAGCUCUUCAAAGUGUUUUUCUCUUUGCACGUUGUUUUCCUGAGCGUGGACGUCGUAGAGAGCAGUGCAUCAAAUGGAAAUCAAAAAGACUGCAUGAGAUCCAAUGGUGUGGAGUACACAGGGGAACAACAGAGCUCCUCCACAGGUCUGACCUGUCUAAACUGGACCAAUACUACUAGAGACUAUGAUGUUAACAUCCAUCCUGACUCACAGACAGGUGUGGGAGAUCACAAUUACUGCCGAAACCCAGACUCCUCCGAGAGGCCCUGGUGCUACAUUGCUGGCCCAGAUGGGACAGUCCAAAGACAAUUCUGUGCAAUUGACGCAUGCAAAGAACAAGCCUCCACUGUGCCGGCGGAGACGAAAUCCCUCAACCCAACAGGAACCGCUCCCUCCACAGAGAGCUUUCAGCUGGCCAAGUCAGGAGCUUCUCAGGGGGAAGUUGCUGCUGUGCAGCCAGUGAUGGGAAUCAGCCAGCGAGUGCGCACAGGACCCAAAAAGAAGAAGGACCUUGGCACGCUCGGCUACGUCCUUGGCAUCCUCAUGAUGGCAAUUAUAAUCAUACUCGGAGUAGGCAUCACAUUUGGCUACUUCUACAAGAGGGGUAAGGACUUAAAGAAGCAGCAUGAGCAGCGAGUGUAUGAGCGCGAGAUGCAGAGGAUCACCCUGCCACUGUCCGCUUUCUCCAACCCCACCUGCGAGCUGGUAGACGAGAACACCAUCGUAAUCAUGGCAGAGCCCGAGACGACCCCCGUCCUGGAGGGCGGGGACCCUCUUAUGGGCCAGCAAGCCGGUACCCCCGGGGCAUGAGUAGGCGUGUAGUCCUCAAACAGGACUGUGAUACAUUUUUGUGGACCAAAACACUCCCAUCUUCAUUUCUCCUCUCUGCCUCCCCGAGUAACCUCUGGUUUUAAAGGAGAAAGGGAGCAGUGUUCACUCCAAAAGACUUGAACUGAAUGCUGUUUGCUGUGUUCCCUUUCCUGUGGUUUUUAUACAUCUGAGGCACAAACAAGAUGAUCUGACGCACCAUGGACACAGUCUUAACAACUAGAAACCAACAAGGUGAAUCUGUUGAUAAUGGAAACAUGUCAUGAGGUCUUUAAUAUUCAUAUUUUAUACACUUAAAAGUCAAGAAAAUCAUGUCAUGGGCUGCCCCCUUAAAUAACAGUAUGAAUCUCUAGUCAAAUGGACUAUGACUAGUCAGUGUUUAUAAUGGUGUGUGAUGAAACCAAUUCUUCAUAAAGAGAUGGUGUUUUGAAUGUGGGAAUGUUUAUAACUUUUUUUUGUUUGUAUGUUUCCAUGUGAAGAAGGUGCUCCCCACAGGAGGUGUGUGGUUACAUGAUGAAUAUGUGAUUGCUUUUCUUUGUAUUGACCCACUGGCUGUGCCGAGGGACACGCGGACAAGACACGCGUAUGUAUAAAGACUGCUUUGUCUUGGAGACACACUGGUGACACAGAUGUGAGUGUCCAAAAAUAGUUAUCCUCCUCUGAGACAGGAUGAGGGGACAUAAAGUAAAACGACCCACUAAAGACAAGGGAAAUUGCCGUAGCAGGAUACUGAAUGUAUUUGUUUAUCUUUUCCCGGGUGAUUUUUUUCUCUUUGUGCGACUGAUGGCCAAUGCAGUUGCAAAGCAUCAGGGCGGUCAUUGGCAGACAUGAAAGAGGACUUGCCCUUUUCUUCCACAGGUUAAGGAGUGACAGGGAACAUAUAGUGGUCUCAGGAAGCAUGAGAGACAGUAGUUAGUCCUCAGGACAAAAUAGCACUGCCUCAACACAGAACAGAUGGUAUCAAACAAAGACAAAGCCUCAAGUGUGUGUUUGCAGAGCAGGACAGUGAGUGUGUUGAAGUGCUGAAGAAGCCUGUUCUCAGAUUAGAAUCAGACACUUGAGUUAUGACCUUGAUGCUUGAGGGUAGACACAGUAGAAUAGAAACAGUCAAAAGUUCAGGAACAUUCAAAUACAUGAAUGCAUGCACAUGGUUACCUGCAGUAUGUUUGUAUUCAGGGGCCAUUUCUUUGCAUCUUUAUAAAGUAGAACUACUAAUUGAAGAAAACAUUUAGAAAAUACCUGCCUGAAAAUAAAUCAUCGUGCGAUGAAGAUUUUUAGUUUGUUACACCUGACAAGUCUCAGUGUAUUUUGUUUGUCAUCACUGCAUCACUCCAGAGGAUUUUGUUUUUGGGUUAUUGGUUAUUGCUGGAUUCACGUCACUGGUUAUCUUUGGUUACUGCUGCUCUGUUUAAGCAUCUGUGUGCGGUUGUAAUUAUUUUCUUCAUAUAAGCAACGCGUUCCAAACAAUGUUGAAUAUUUGAAUUUAGUACUUUAGUAUUUGUGUGAAUACAUAUUUUCACUGCUGAGACUGAAAUAAAACAUCAAACACAGA